AUCAUCAUCAUUUUUUCUAUAUAUAUAAUCACGUACCAACUUUAAAGAAUAAAAGUCAGAUCACAUAAUUCAAUCAAUUGUUUGUGGAAGAGAGGAAAUAAAAAGAUGUAUGUAACAAGGCCUAUGUCGAUGUAUAGAAGGGAGCCUGAAACAAUGUCAAUAACUCCGGAAUUGGAAGGUCCUCAUUCUGGUUAUCUGGUAAUGUUUAACGAAGAAGAUUAUGAUGAUCAGGUGAGCGAGAGCUGUUGUGGAUGCUCUGGCUUCGAUAGACUCAGGAACUUGCCUCUACCUCAGAACAAAAUUUUGAGAGUUGAGCAUGAUGAUGACUUGCAUAAAGAUGUCGUCUUCAUACCAGUUCUUAAUCAUCCAUUGUCUUCCAACCGUUACUAUGCCAUAGUGCCCCAUGGCGACCAUACAGGGAAAGCAUACACAAAUUCUAAAGAAAAGAACAUGAGUACUUCAUGUUUCAGCAGUAAUAAAGUUAAAGACAUUAAACCCAUGCCACUUGAUCCAUUUGACCAGAAUCAGCAGGUUGAGAUAACUUGCCACAACGAUUCUUUCUCAGCCAAAGCUAUUGCUGCUUCAGAUGGGUUUCCUAUUAACUUUCUUAGGAAAAAACAUUUGAUUGUCCGAAUGUAUCCUCCAUACUACAAACUUAGGCAAGCACUAGGUCUUAACGUUGCUCUUCGUGGUGCUCUUCCGUUGCUUAACAACGAUGAUUCUACAGUCCUAAUUGUUGGGAAAUGGUAUUGUCCAUUCAUGUUUGUGGAAGAAGUCAUGAAGUUGAAAGACCAAGUAAAGAGAUCUAUGUUCUACGAAAUGACACUUGAGCAAAGAUGGGUAAGGGUUUCGGGAUGCAAAAAGCUUGAAAACGAGAGUAAUAACACGGUGUUUGUAAAUGUUGUUCUUGAGACAGAAAAUGUUUUUGUUGAGGGAUUGAAAGCUAUAUGUGACGAAAGAAAUGUGAAUACCAAAAAGGUGGUGUGGUUUAGAAGUUGUGAAAGAGUGGGAGAAGAAUAUGGAAUAGGGUUGAAUGUGGUUAUUGUUGAGAGAAUGAAGUGGGAGCAAGAAAGAGUUGGAUGGGUUAGUAACGGGGGAAAAGGGAGUGUAGUGAAAGAGUACAACUAUGAUGGAUUAGGUGAGUGGACUAGCUUUGGUUGCUAUAUUUUGGUGGAGAGCUUUGUUUUGAGAAGAAUGGACAGAACCGUUGCUUUUACAUAUGAUUUCAAGCACACCCACCAGAUUAGAUGCAAAUGGGAAUGAUUUAUUUAUUUUGUCAUUUUUCUUUCUACUCUGUGGAAGAAAUUUCUCUCUUUUUAUAUAUCUAAAUUGUCUAUUUUGUUUGUCUUUCGCAAUUUGAAUGUUGUGGCUUAUAAAUUAGUUUAUUAACAUGUGCUUACGAUAAAUAAUGAAACUACAUUGGAUAUAUUGAAGAAAUUCCGCCACCUUGUACAUAU